AUGCAAUCUAAAGACGAUGAGUUUUCAACUCAAGCCUCUGACUCCUCAUUGAGAGAAUUGAAUUCCAGGCUCGUAACUGAAAUUGAUAAGCUUAGGAGAGAGAAGGAUUUACUUAUAAGUAAAAAUACCGAGCUCUUGGCUAGGAUUGUAGAAUUAGAACAAACUAUAAAAGAAGAUGCUGAAAAUACAAAGUUAAGGGAUGCUAAGCUUAAUACCAGAAUAUUCGAAUUAGAACGAUCAGCAAAAGAAAACGAAGAGCUUAGAAACAGAGUAGUGAAAUUGGAACAAAACCAGUGCAUCGAUACUAAUACCAACUCGUUAGAUUAUGAAACAAAUUCUAACAAUACUUCUAAGCAGAUAAUCUUAUGUAAUGAGGAGUCUAACACGUCUAGCCACGAAGUGACUGCUUCCGGCAAUUCUGACAUAUACCAGGAUUCGGUAACAUCUCCCGCAGAAACCAUAUCAUUUGAUUCGCAAAGCGACUUACGUCAUGUAGAAGAGAAAGUAGAAAUGAAUUUCUGGAUUCAAAGCAUAGAGAAACGGUUAGAAAAGAGAUAA